AUGGUUGGCACUGAUUCCUUGUAUGGGAGGAGACUUAUUCCCCAGAUACUUGAUCGCCUGGCGGCGGCGGAUCCAGAACGUCUUGUCUACUCCAUUGCCAGCCUUUCUGACGGUACCCCAAAGUUUAAGCAUAUAACUGCACGGGUCUUUGCACGGGCCGUUGACAAAACAGCAUGGUGGCUCCAUAACCAUCUCAAUGAAAUGAAUGGAGCCCCCAACGGCGAUCCGGCAAAGGAGCAUGCUGUAACACAGAAGAUCCAAGCUUUGGGUUACAUCGGACCUCAUGACAUUCGGCAUGUGCUCUUGACCUAUGGUGCUGUCAAGGCCGGCUGUGCUGCUCUCUUCCUUUCACCCAAGAACAACAUCACUGGUGCGUUAGCUGUUCUCAAUGCUUCUGAUUGCAGUAUCUGGGUGAAGCCCCGAGAGCAAGCAAUGCUCCCCCUAGUGGAAGGGAUUUUACAGGAGAAGUAUAUGAGAGUUCUCGAGCUCCCAAGUGUAGAUGAGCUUCUGCACGCCGAGUCAACGGAGCCAUUCGUGUUUGAUAAGGCUUUUGAGAGUGCCAUCAACGAGCCAUUUUGCAUACUGCACACUUCGGGAACUACUGGCGUGCCAAAGCCGAUUCUAUGGACGCACGGCUUGAUCGGUACCAUGGAUGCCGUGAGACUGCUGCCUCCUAUCGAAGGUGAUGGUGGGUUGGCUCCUUGGACGGACAAUUGGAACGAAGGUGAUAGGAUCUACUCCUCCUUUCCUAUGAGCCAUGGAGCCGGUGUAAUUAUGGAUAUACUUAUGCCUUCCUUGUUCAAUCUUCAUUGUAUUCUUGGGCCUUCGGGCGUCUUACCCAAUCUCGGACUUAUCGAGUCACUCACUGGUCAUAUCGACAUAUGGAGUAUGGUACCUUCACUUGUGGACGAAUUAGGCGAGAACCCAGAAGUGUUGGCCAAAUUCAAGUCAGCAAAGUUCAUUUGUGCUUCUGGCGGCCCCGUCAGCCCCGUCAUUGUCUCCAAGGUCAAUGAAGUAGUCAGGGUACUCAACCUCACAGGCACAACGGAAGGUCUCUUCAUCGGUAAUCUUUGGGUUCGGAGAGAAGACUGGCACUGGUUUGCUUUCCAUCCAUACUCAGGGUUUGAGUUCAAGGAGGUCCAGCCUGGCGUAUACGAACACUGGGUGCACCGAAACGAGCAUUGGGCUCUAUUCCAGGGGAUAUUCUAUACCUUCCCUGACCAGAAUUCAGUCAAUCUCAAGGAUCUGUACAUCAGACACCCGAUAAAUCCAAAUCUCUGGGCCUUCAGUGGUAGAAGUGACGAUGUCGUCGUCCUUUCCAACGGUUACAAGAUCUCUCCCUUGGACACAGAGGCUUUGGUCACGACGCAUCCUGCAGUCGAAGGUUGCCUUAUGAUCGGCACUGGGAAGCCUCAAGCAGGUCUUUUGAUUGAGCUCAAGGACCACAGUGAUAAGAACAACGAGUUGUUCGACAGCAUCUGGGCUAUCGUUGAGAGGGCAAACAACUCCACUUUCCAGAAGACUCGACUGCAAAGAGAGUAUAUAGCCUUCUCGGAGUCAGACAAGCCCUUCAUCCGGACAGACAAACAGACCAUCAAACGCCGCGCCACUCUAGAUCUAUAUGCAGACUUCAUCGAUCGCUUCUACAUCUCUAGAGAUGAGGAAGCCGAGGAUGAAGAUUUUGACGCAUUUUCGAUUGACACUACGUCGAUUGACACCGUGAGAGAAUCGAUUUCUCAUGUUAUGCAGUCUGUUUUGCCAGAGGUUGACGAUUUCCCAGCCGAUGAGGACGUCUUUGACCUCGGCUUGGACUCUCUUCUCGUUUUUCGAGUCAUUAGAAUUAUUCGUGCUGUUACAGGGCUUGAGGAAAAGCUUGCUCCCCGCCAUUUGUAUGCCCACCCAACGAUAGACGAAUUUUCUGUCCAGCUUCUCAAGAUAUUGGAGGAAGAAAAGUCCAAGAAAAUUGUGGUGGAAUCAUUGAGCGAUACGGAAACAAGCAGAACGGCAGAAACACCAUGUUCAAACAUCGAGUCUGAAAAUAUGAAGAAGAUUAUAGCUGAUCGCAAGCGACGCCUGGGAUCCAAGAUGAACCCGUUCGAUGCUGUCAACCCCAAUCACUACAUGGGUCUCAACUUCUACUUCGCUCUUCGGCCAGGCGUCAGCUUCGAAGAAGCCUUUGCUAAGCUACAAGCUGGACUCAUACGCGCAUUUGAGAUCAUUCCCGAGCUUGACGGGAAAAUGAUGCUUGCCUCUGAGCAUGAGUUUGGGUACAAGAAAGGCGAAUAUCGCAUUACGAUUCCUCCUCACCCGUUACCAGCUUCUUCAAAGCCGAGGCAACUGGUGUACAAAGAUCUUUCUCAGGUCCUUCCGUCGUUCGGGAAAAUGCGUCAAGCGGGCUUCUCGCCAUCCUUGUUCAGCGAUGAGCUUGUCUUGGAUUGCCCACCUUUCCCUCCAAUGCCAGCAGAUAUACUUGUCGCACAAGCCAAUUUCGUUGAAGGGGGGUGUAUUCUGGCCACCAACUUCAUUCACACCUGUCUUGAUGCUGUUGGCGUCAUGGUGGCAAUCAGAGUAUGGGCCGAGUGCUGUCGGUAUCUUGAUGGCGAUGAGACGGCUACGUGUGAGUGGUUCGGCCCUGAAAGCUUCAAUCAUGAUCUUCCUGAAAUUCUUUGGGAGAAGGAAGGAUAUGCGAAACCGGUUCAUGAGGUCGAUCCUGGCACUUGGGGCUUUCUUCCAUUCACGCCCGAGGUUGGCGUUGACGUGCGCAAUAGGACAGGGUCUCACGACGAGACCAUGGCUGCUGAGAAGUCUCAUGCUAGGCAGAAUACUCUCCCUCCCCCCCUUGCGUUCCAAGGAAGCUCAGUAUGGCCCGCUGCUCCAAGCGAACGAUCGCUUAGCACUACAGUCUUCCUUCUUUCGGGGGAGAGCAUCCACAGACUCAAGCAAGAAGCUUUGGCGAAUCCUCAGGCCAAGAGUGUCUCUACGUCAGUGAUUGAUAUUGUGCAAGCGUUCUUCUGGCGUGCAUCGAUCAGAUCUAGGUACAGGGUGGCUAAAGAGAUCAGGAACCAGACGUUUCAGCGUGACGAGCUGUCAAUUCUCGAAAUGCCAAUUGAUGGUCGGCCUUACUUCUCGUCACUGUUGCCGUCGUCCUACAUGGGCAGUUUGCUCGUGAUGAAUCGCCCAGUCAUGCCUAUCGAAACACUCUGCUCUCCUGAAACAAACAUCUCACAGAUUGCGUGCGUGAUCCGAGAGGCAGCUGCACGAAUCACACCGUCACUAGUCCACGACACAUUUACUCUACUGCGCUCCAUGACAGACUAUAGCAAACCUGCAACAGCAAACAUGGGUCUUGAGCACAUGAACGCCAUGAUCUCCAACAUGAUGCUGUUUCAGACAAGCGACAUCUCGUUUGGUGAUGGAUUCUUUGAGGGGGGUAGCCCGGAAACGAUGCGGCCACAGAUCGAACGUGGUCAUAGACGUUUCCGCUUCUUGGUCAUCUCUCCGAUGCGAAAGGAUGGUGGCGUGGAGCUCGUGCUCGGAACUUUUCCGGAGGAAUUAAACAUGCUCAUGAGUGAUCAAGAGUUCACCAAGUACGCAGUCUUGUUGGAUCAUAAGCGAGCUUGA